CGUGUGUGCGUGCUUGCCGGCACGUCGGAGAUCAGUGUCAAUUUUCAACAAGGAUAUAUUUAGGGCAAGUAUGGGAAGGGGGCAGUGACCCUUCCCUGCUCCAAACACACUCCUCUGCUUCACUCUUCUCUCGUGCUCCCCGCUGCUUCGGAGCUCUGAUCCCCUGUUUACCUCCUGGUUAAUCGUGCUGACGUCACUUCUCUCCGUCAGUCCGCGUCAUCGCUGUCUUACCGUUUGGUGUUGCUCUCCUCAUGGAAGAUCUAGUUACAGAUGGGAGCAUGGGGUGACAGACAGGCAGACGCUCAGUGCUGUUCAGUAAACAGAGAGACUAAAAUCAACUAUUGUCACCGUUGAGCGAGCGAGAGAGAGCGAGCGAGAGAGAGCGAGCGAGCGAGCGAGAGAGAGAGAUAGGGGGGCGUGCACCAUGUGUCAAGCGGAGGUCAGUCCGGGUCUCAACAGCCCCGACCCGCUGGUGAGGGAGGGCUACGUCAUGGCCCACGACUACAUCGCCUACGUCACGGCGGGCGGCCUGGACGGCGGGCGCGCUGUGGGUCGGCCCCUGUCCCGGUGCGCCGCGGCGCUGCGCUACGCCGCCGACGAGCUCCUGCUGCGCUUCCCCAUCUUCUUCCGCCGCUGGCCGCGCGUCUUCCGGAACGUGAGCGAGACGACGGCGUGGCCGCUGCUCAUGUCCAUGCUGGACCAGCACUUCUUCCCCGGCGUGUCCCCCGGCGCGGGGGGCCGGCGGCAGGAGUUGGCGUGGAGCGCCGUGCUGUCCGUGUACGUGCUGGCGGGCCAGAUGGCGCUGCACUGCCAGGAGCAGGGCAUGCAGGGGGUCCUGCCACAGCUCAAGGAGUCGGUGGGCGCCUACGUGGAGAGGGUGGUGUGCCCCGAGAUCCGCGACAAGGGGGGAUGGAGCGGCUUCGUGACACGCUUCGGACCGAAGACCAACCUGGAGAGUCAGGUGCAGAGCGCGUGCUGCUGGGCUCUGUUGCUGCUUGCCACCAGCAUCCUCUCCUACGUUUUCUGGAAGCGGAUAACUUGACCAACACUGCCACCCUCUGGACACAAUGGGAAUCUGUCUGUUUCAUUAUUCAACUUUACCACAUUCAUGUUACAAACUCUGGGAAUUGUGCUCAUCCUUUGAGUGUUAAGUCUCAAAUAAAAUGGCAGGAAACCUCCACUAAACUGCA